UUCAAUAUUCCCCUGUGCUUUCGUCAUACCCACUCAGUACACAGUACUCACUCUUUGCUUGCUUCUGUAUGCGUAUGAAAAAGAUUCUGAUUCUUUGUAUAAAGACAUUACCUUUAAGAGGAUUAUAGAUAGAAAUUUGAGCACUUGUAAAAAUCAAUAAAGGAAAGGGCUCAAAAGGAAGGCUUUUCUUGAUGCAAUUAGUGUUUACUGUUGAUGGGAAUCUAAUCUUGAGAAUCUUUGGUGCUCUUAAGGCCACUCUUUAAGUUUCCGAGAAGAGCUGGCUUUCAUCGAUUUUAUAAAGGGAAAAAAACCUUCUCUUGCUCCGAUUACUUGCUCGUUCGGUCGGUAGAAAGAUAUCUAUAGUUGUAAGUUAUGGUUUCGAGGUCAUACUCCAACUUGUCGGAUCUUACCUCUGGAGAUUCACCAGCCUUCAGCCGUCGGGGGAAGAAACUAUCUCGAGUUGCAACUGUAGCUGGAGUGUUGUCUGAGCUAGAUGAUGAAAAUAGAAGUAAUGUUGGAUCCGAUGCCCCCUCAUCUAUCUCCCAAGAGCGAAUGAUCAUAGUUGGGAAUCAACUCCCACUUCGGGCACAUCGGAGAUCAGAUGGUGAGCCAGGUUGGAAUUUUAGUUGGGAUGAGGACUCUCUUCUCUUACAACUCAAAGAUGGUCUAGGAGAAGAUGUGGAAGUGAUAUAUGUCGGUUGUCUGAAAGAAGAAAUUGAGCCGAGUGAACAGGAUGAUGUGGCUCAAACUUUGCUCGAAACUUUCAAAUGUGUCCCGGCUUUCAUCCCUCCCGAGCUUUUCACUAAAUUCUACCAUGGUUUUUGCAAACAAUAUUUGUGGCCUUUAUUUCACUACAUGCUUCCUCUGUCCCCAGAUCUUGGUGGUAGGUUUGACCGUUCCCUAUGGCAGGCUUACGUUUCUGUGAACAAAAUAUUUGCUGACAAAGUAAUGGAAGUAAUCACUCCCGAUGAUGAUUUUGUGUGGGUUCAUGACUACCAUUUGAUGGUAUUACCAACAUUCUUAAGGAAGAGGUUUAAUAGGGUGAAGCUGGGUUUUUUCCUCCAUAGUCCAUUCCCAUCAUCAGAGAUAUAUCGAACUCUACCUGUUAGGAAUGAACUUCUUCGAGCACUAUUGAACUCUGACCUCAUUGGCUUCCAUACGUUUGAUUAUGCAAGACAUUUUCUUUCGUGUUGUAGUAGAAUGCUGGGGGUAUCAUAUCAAUCUAAACGUGGUUACAUAGGACUCGAGUACUAUGGCCGUACUGUCAGCAUCAAAAUUCUUCCAGUUGGGAUACACAUGGGUCAGCUUCACUCCGUGCUGGAUCUUCCAGAGACAGAGGCUAAGGUUGCAGAGUUACAGAAUAAAUAUGAGGGUCAGACUGUUUUGCUUGGGGUCGACGACAUGGAUAUUUUCAAAGGAAUUAGCUUGAAGCUUCUGGCCUUUGAGCAGUUGCUUACUCAGCAUCCUGAUAUGAGAGGUAAGAUUAUGUUAAUUCAAAUUGCAAACCCUGCCAGAGGUCGAGGGAAAGAUGUACAGGAGAUUCAAUCUGAAACUUAUGCCACAGUUAAUAGAAUUAAGCAGCUAUUUGGACGACCCGGAUAUGAUCCAGUUGUUCUGAUUGAUACUUCACUUCAUUUUUAUGAGCGAAUUGCUUACUAUGUAAUUGCAGAGUGUUGUCUUGUCACUGCAGUAAGGGAUGGAAUGAAUUUGAUACCUUAUGAGUAUGUUGUGUGCAGACAAGGAACUGAUAAGCUAGAUAAAACCUUGGGCCUGAAUCCAUCUGUACCAAAGAAGAGCAUGUUGGUGGUUUCAGAGUUUAUUGGGUGUUCUCCAUCUCUUAGUGGUGCAAUUAGGGUUAACCCGUGGAAUAUUGAUGCUGUAGCUGAAGCUAUGGAUUCAGCUUUGAUAAUUGCCGACCUGGAGAAGCAAAUGCGACAUGAUAAGCACUAUAAGUAUGUAAGUAGUCAUGAUGUUGCCUAUUGGGCCCAUAGUUUUUUGCAAGACCUGGAAAGGGCAUGCAGGGAUCAUGUUAGGAGGAGGUGUUGGGGUAUCGGCUUUGGUUUGGGAUUCCGUGUGAUUGCGUUGGAUCCUAGUUUCAGGAAGCUGACGGUUGAACACAUUGUAUCCGCCUACAAGAGAACGAAGAGCCGUGCAAUUCUUUUGGACUAUGAUGGCACAAUGCAAAGCGCUGUUGAUACUAGUCCAAAUGCUGAGGCUAUUGGAAUAUUAAACAAACUAUGCAGAGAUCCCAAGAAUUUUGUUUUCAUUGUAAGUGGAAAGAACAAAGAGACCUUAAUGCGAUGGUUUUCAUCCUGCGAAAAUUUGGGCAUGGCGGCUGAACAUGGCUAUUUUGUAAGGCCAAACGACAAUAUGAACUGGGAAACUUGUGUGGCCGUGCAAGAUUUUUAUUGGAAACAGAUUGUUGAGCCUGUAAUGCAACUAUAUACAGAAACUACUGAUGGUUCUUUCAUAGAAACCAAGGAGAGUGCACUUGUCUGGAAUUACCAACUUGCAGAUCGAGAUUUUGGCUCGUGUCAGGCUAAGGAGCUUCUAGAUCACCUGGAGAGUGUCCUGGCAAAUGAACCUGUUUCCGUCAAGAGUGGGCAACACAUUGUGGAAGUAAAGCCUCAGGGGGUGAAUAAAGGGCUAGUGGCAGCACAACUCCUGGCGACAAUGCGACAAAAGGAAGUACUUCCUGAUUUCGUUCUUUGUAUAGGAGAUGACCGAUCGGAUGAGGAUAUGUUUGAGGUGAUAAUGCAAGCCAUGACCAAUGAAUCUCUCUCCCCAGUUGCUGAAGUGUUUGCUUGCACUGUUGGACAGAAACCGAGCAAGGCCAAAUACUACUUGGAGAAUACCUCAGAGAUAUUAAGAAUGUUACAGGGCCUUGCUGAUGCUUCUGAGCUGUUGGCUAAAAAUGUUACACAAUCUCCUCAACGGGCAGUCAUGGAUAAAUUAUAGAACAAGAAAUCGUUUUGUUCGUGUGAUGUAAAUGGAAUGAACGUGUAAAAAUGGUGUUUUAUGUCUUUAGUUUCUCCCUGUGAGAGUUGAACUGUUUUUAUUUUCUGGAUUGUUUGGGGGUGUUUUCUGAGAAUGGUGAAACUAAUCUAUCUCAGUUCAAAGUAUUUGUAGUUUCCAUAUUGAGUACA